CUCAACACUAGCAGAAUCAUUUUUUUAUGCAGGUCUCAACUGGUGGGGUAAAACAGGGUAUGACAGUGCAUACCUGAGGCAUCAAUCCUGGCCCCGUCACAGAAUUCCAGGCCAAUCAGAAUUUCACUCUCCUGACUUUCACCGUCGUCUGCAACCAUCCCAUUCACACUUGAUGCUAUAAUAAGUCGUGCAAUCCUCAUUCAAGUAUAGAAAUUGCUUAUUAUCUGUGUCAACAAUUCAGGCUGAUCCCCUCUCUGCUGGUGCUGAUUAUGGAAUUGAUCUCGCUUUCGACUUUGUACCGCCAUGGAGAACGUCAACCGUGCCCGGCAGUCUCCGCCAGAUCUGUCACUCAGUGGGCCAGGCACAGCGUUGGGUCCUGAGUUCCCAAAUGACGCGCAACUGGACCCUGCAGAGACAGGAUCGGGCAAUGCGACAGGACACAGAGCUCCCAAGAAGCGUACAAAAACAGGGUGUCUGACUUGCCGAAAACGCCGCAUUAAAUGUGGAGAAGAAAAGCCGACGUGCAAUAAUUGCUUGAAAUCAAAACGCGAAUGCAAAGGCUAUGGUCCUCGCCUGAUUUUCAAGAACCCUCUAGGUAUCUCCGGUCCCGGGUUCGGCCAACAGUCGACUCUCAACGCACAGGCACAGUCGACGCCACUUCCUAGUGAGCUCUCAGCAUCUCAGCAAAGGAAAGACAGGCCGAACCAGCCUGUUCUGGCUCCAAAGCUGGCUGUGGCACCUGAUGUAGAGAUUCCUACCCCCACAGCGCCCUCCUCACUGAAUGAGGGCCCUGCAACCAGCAGUGCCCCACUUCAGCCAGCAGCAUCGGGGCAGGUCCACCUGCCCUCGAGGCCGGAGAAUGCCGGAAGCUAUACACCACCAGACACACUCGCAUUUCUCGAUCACCAGAGGCAACAACUGUCAGUUAAUCCAGGCGCAGGCUAUGCAUGGUCUGACGCUAUCGCUUAUCCUCAGGGUGCCCCUUGGCUGCCGAAUGCCGCACCGUCUACUUCGAAUUUGCUGCAAGAGCAAGCCAGGGCACCUGCACACCUUCCUAUACCGCAAUCUUCAUCGUCGCCAUAUGGUGACUAUACGGAAGAUGAUGGAGAGGACGACUAUUACAGUGGUGAAUCCGAAGAGGAACGAGAAGACCAAAUUUCUAUGCAGAAUUAUAACCAGCUGAGUCUCAUAAUGGCGUCUGCCAACCGCGACGAACGGCAGCUGCGUUCUUUCACAACCUACCUGAACGAGCCGAAUGUACUUAGCUCGUACAUCCCAACUUACGGCUCAUCACCUUUAAACAAUCCAAAGACGGCCAGGAUCUUCUUGCAUUUCAUCCAUUCGACCGGACCAUCACUAUCUGUCUUCGAGCGUCAUCCAAUUGACCCAUCUACUAUGCUUGGUGCCCCUGUCCCAACAGCGCAACAAGGGCUAUGGACAUACACUCUUCCCCUCAAAGCCUUGGAGAGUCAAGUACUAUUGCAAGCAAUCCUUGCAUUGAGCAGUUUGCAUAUCUCCUUCCUCCAACAGGCACCACCAACGGUCUCGUUAAAACAUUACCAUUAUGCUCUGAGAAGAGUUGGCGUUGCUGUCGGGCUUCCUAUGCGACGCAAGCAGAUCACAACCCUCGCGGCUACGCUGCUUCUAGGUUACUACGAGGUUAUGGGUGCUGAUCACUCGAAGUGGAAUAGUCACGUUGCAGGGUCGGCUCAAUUGGUGCGAGAAAUUGAUUUCGCGGGCAUGACUCGUGGGCUUCGCGCUCAGCGACGGAGAGUAUGGGCUCAGAGACAGCAAAUGCAGCCGCAGCUUAUGGCACUCACAGACAGCUACUUUCUUGGAGACUCUGUUUUCGACGACGACCCAUUUGCGGAGAAGGAAAGCAGCAUCAACGAACAAUUUAUUGGAACCUUACUCGGACGGGCCGUAAACUACGAUGAAUUCGGUCAGAUUAAUGACGAGACUGACAACCCUCGUCAUUACAAGCAUUUUACUCGCAAGGAUAUUGAGAACUAUCGGAUUCAGUGUGAUCUGUAUUGGUGGUACUGCAAGCAAGAUGUCAUGCAAAGUAUCAUCAGCGGCUGCCCUUUGUUCAUACCAUACUCCCAAUGGGGUCAAUGCCCUCCACGCGCGGGUAUGGGCCGAAUGGACGCUAUAUACGGUUCUGCAGAUCAUCUGUGGCUUCUGUUAGGCCGUGUGGCGGAAUUCGGUCGACGUGACAGGAAGAGGAAAUUGAAGACGGCCAAGGCUACAGGUUCCGAAUGGCGACCGGAUGCCAAUCUUGGCAAAUUUAUGGCCCGGUUCGCACGUGGACGACCUGGACCACCUGGUGGACCCCCCGGAGGACCCCCAGGGGGACCUCCACGACACUCCCCACCCGGCGCGGAGAUGCCUCGUCCACCCACCGGCCCUGGAAAGGGCGCACCUCCCAUGUACGGCAUGGCGCCAUCCAGUGGACCUCGCCGUGCACCCGCCGUGUUCCUCAAUACGCUCGAGUCUAUCAGCGCAAUCGAAGAGGAGGAAGAGGACUCAUCGUACCAAGAUGCGGAGACUGAAUGGGAAAGCAUCCUCGCAGCUUUUGACACAUUUCAUCAAGCUCUCGGGCCAUACUUCAUGCCUCUCCCACCCGAUUCAGUUCCCCCGAUCUCAACUCCGUUCGGUCCUGCUCUGCAGUACCGAACACACACAAUAGCAACAAUCUGGUGCUUCUAUUACACGGGCCGGAUCCUUCUGCACAGGCUGCAUCCAUGCAUGCCUCCGGCCAUGAUGGUCGCCGCCGGGGUGGCAGCCGCCACCACGGCCGAGUAUGCCCAAAUCAUCGGCAGCAUCGCGGCAGGCGUCUACUAUCCGCAGUCCUUCCACCUCGAGGCGGGCACCCUGAGCCCGACGCUGGGCUCGUGCUUGAUCGAGAUCACCGUCCCGCUCUUUUUCGCCGGGGUUCAGUACACGGAUCCCGCGCAGCGGGAAUGGCUGGUCACUGAGCUGCUCGAUCUCAACCGCCUCAGCGGCUGGCGAACAUCGGAUUCUAUCGCCAGAGGAUGCGAGAACGCAUGGGUGGUUGCGGCCGCGCAGGGACGGGGCCCGCCGUAUACACGCCGCGACAGGACGACCAAUCAACCCACCUCGAUGUGGACGCCGACCCCCGAGGAGAAUACGGGGACGUACAACACUUCUGAAAGACGGUUCAUCACGGUUAGCAAACAACCGGCAUCGAACUGGGCAAUGGGUAUUCUGAGCCUCGAGGACGAUAUACUGAACUUGGACAUCAAUGAUCAGACUUGACCAUGAGUCACAUAUGGCUGGCUGUCUUAGUCUGAUGAAGGCUGACAUUUAUGGAACUUGCGGUCUGAGACCGGCUAACAAUUUAGCUGCAAUACCACCCAAAACAGGAUACCAUAUCACCGGAGGCUUUCUUCUCGCCACUUCCAGAUCGCCGGGAAAGGGCAUUCCAUGAUAUCGAACCCCCUGAAUCCAGCUCCCUUUCUAUAUAUCUCUCAGAGGUCUUCAACGCUUCUGAUCCUGAAUAUAAUUCUAUAAUUUUGUGGCAUGGGAUCAGCCCCACCUCAGACCUUUCAUAGCCUGGCUUUCAUUUCAUUAGCCAGUUCAACAGUACAUGAUUGCCAUAUAGGAAUACCGUGCGUGCAAAAGCGAAAGGCGAGUGAAAGCGUGGCGUGCAGUCGCGUACGACGAAAUAUGACUCAAGCAAGGCACUCUAUAACACUGAGCAUGGAU